ACUUCAGCUUAGUUGUGAUUGGUAUGCCCUGACAGUUGGUGACAAGUUUGAAUAGUGAGGUUAUAGUAUUUUUGUAUGUUUACAUUUUUUAUCAUAACAAAAUGAAUAGCAAAGAGAAGGAGCGGUAUAUUGAAAACUUUGCGUUCCCCUUUUGUGAUGAAUCCACAAAAUAUGAGAAGGUCGCCAAAAUUGGUCAAGGGACAUUCGGGGAGGUGUUCAAAGCCCGGGACAAGGGAAACCCCAACAAGUAUGUAGCCAUGAAGAGGGUCAUUAUGGAGAAUGAGAAGGAGGGUUUCCCAAUCACAGCCUUGAGAGAGAUAAGGAUACUUCAGCUGCUGAAGCAUGAAAAUGUAGUUAAUUUGAUUCAGAUCUGCAGAACAAAAGCAUCAGCAUCAAACAAAUACAGAUCCACAUUUUAUUUAGUAUUCGAUUUUUGUGAACACGAUUUGGCUGGUCUGCUGUCGAAUGUUAAUGUUAAAUUUAGUUUAGGAGAAAUCAAAAAAGUUAUGCAGCAAUUGCUCAAUGGAUUGUAUUAUAUACACAGCAACAAAAUUUUACACAGGGAUAUGAAAGCGGCUAAUGUGUUGAUAACUAAAAAUGGUGUUUUAAAGUUGGCCGAUUUUGGAUUAGCCAGGGCAUUCAGUGCAAACAAGAAUGGAGAACCUAACAGGUUCACAAACAGAGUUGUGACUUUGUGGUACCGCCCACCUGAAUUGCUAUUGGGCGAAAGGAAUUAUGGACCUCCUGUUGAUAUGUGGGGUGCUGGCUGUAUAAUGGCUGAAAUGUGGACGAGGUCACCCAUAAUGCAAGGGAGCAGUGAACAGCAACAGUUAAUUUUUAUUUCCCAGUUGUGCGGAUCGAUUACACCUGCCGUUUGGCCGGGGGUGGAAAACUUGGAACUGUACAAAUCGAUGGAAUUGCCGCAAGCUCAAAAAAGAAAAGUAAAGGACCGUCUGAAACCUUACAUGAAGGACCCGUACGCGUGCGACUUAUUAGAUAAAUUGUUGGUUUUGGAUCCAUCUAGAAGGGCAGAUUCUGACACCGCAUUGAAUCACGAUUUCUUCUGGACGGACCCAAUGCCUUGCAGUUUGAGCAAUAUGUUGGCGAACCAUCACCAAAGUAUGUUCGAAUUUUUGGCACCGCCUAGGCGUCCCUCUCAUAUGCGAACACAUCACUCACUGCCUGGAACACGCCCAACCACCUCCGCUGUGCAGGACAGCAGCUACCAAGACAGGGUGUUCUAAUCCAACGCGAAACACGUACCUUAAUUAGAAUUAGAUAAUUCUUCUUGUACAUAUAUAUAUCUUAUAGUAUAACAAUUGUAUUCAGAAAUAAGGAUUUUCCCUUGUUCUACAACUGACUUACAAUGAUUCUUAAUUUUUUUACUACCAAUAAUUUAUAUGAAUUUAUUAAGUUGCAAAACUCGGAACUGUUUAUAUCUUGAAAUACAAUACAAGUGUUUUUUUAAUACAACUGAUUUCAUUUACACUACUUCAUACUCUCAUAUACAUCAGCCGCUGUGUUACAUAGAUAGUAGCAUUAUAUUAUAUAUCUUACAGAACCAUUGGUUUCUAUGAGAAUUUGUUAACUAUAAAUAGUAUUACAGCAGUGGUAACAAUCAGAUGAUGAAUCUACUAGAAUAAAAUUAUUAUACUAUUUGUAGAUAAUGGAAAUAAAUGCUGUAUAUAUUUAAA